AUGGCUGGUUCCGCUUCCGCGGCCGCGCUGGCGCCGUCGAGCCCGCAGGCCGCAACGGGAGAAGGCGAGCAGAACUCCACCUCGAGGCCGGCGGUCAAGUCACCGACGCCGCCGCUGCAGAUCCAGCCGGGAACGCUGUGUCCUCACCGAAAAUGCCAACUUCGUCUCGCGUGGGGUGAGUAUUUCCAUUUCCCCUCUUCUUUAUCUGUUGUGGUGCUUUGCUUCCUCCUCCCCAUACUAUGGGACGCCGCCGCUGCCGUCGCUGCAAAAGGUAAAGCAAUGGUUGGAAAGGGCCGCCGUCCACUGCAGGCACGCAUAAACAGCAAACGAAGCCGUCUCGCCAUUGAAGGAGCACCUGCACCGAAGACUCCUCCUUCCUCCAUCCUUCAGAAGUUUAAAUCAAUGGGUUGUCAUGUUGAACUUGUAAUCCUUGCCAUUGGAGAUGCCCUUGAUGAACUUGUAAUCCUUGGCAUUGGAUUAGCACUUCAUGUGAAAUCGGGUCUGUGUCACCCGAUGGGUACCCGUCACCCACACGGGUGCCGAGUCUGGGGGAAAUCUAGACCCGAGACGGGUGAUGGGGGCGGGUGA